AUGGAGCACUUGAGUCGGCAUCACAUCGAUGGAACUACUCCGAUCCUACCAAGCCACUACGGUCGUCGCCGGGCAACAGAUCCACAAUUCCGUUCGGAAGUCAUCGCAAGGGAGGAACGUCUUCCAGAGCCAACGGACGCGAUGUGGAUGACGACUGACGUCGAACUGGCGGCGAUAAGUCGAGCUCGGGAACAAAUGAUGACGAUUUGA